AUGUACAGCACUGGAAAAACAGCUCAAGUCGAUCAAGAGAUGAGCAGAUACAACAUAGAUAUACUAGGACUAAGUGAAGUUAGAUGGCCCCAUAGCGGUAAAACAGCACUGCAAAGUGGGAAAGUAAUUCUGUACUCGGGCAGAGACGAUGGGUCACAUCAAGAGGGAGUAGGAGUGAUGUUUUCGGCGAAAGCAAAGAAGUCCCUAAUGGAGUGGAAACCAAUCAGCGAGAGAUGUAUGUAUGCUAGACUAUACACCACCACCCUAAAAAUCAGUUUGAUUGUAGUAUAUGGACCAACGAACGAUAACACCGAAGAAGCAAAAGAACGAUUCUUAGAACAACUACAAGAUGUUCUUUCAACUGCUCGAAAACAUGACAUCAAAAUAAUUAUGGGUGACUUUAAUGCAAAGGUCGGAAGUAACAAAAAGACACACGAAAAUGUAAUGGGAAAACAUGGCGUGGGCAAUAGAAAUGACAAUGGUGAAAGGUUACUUGAAUUCUGCGGAAUAAACAACUUAGUGAUCACAGGAACCAUAUUUCCUCACAAAUUACGACACAAGAUAUCUUGGAUUUCACCAGAUGGUAGAACUGAAAACCAGAUAGACCAUCUAUUGAUUUCGAAACAACACAGAACAUCAAUUAUGGAUACAAGAGCAAUGAGAGGGGCUGAUGUCAGCAGUGAUCAUGAACUUAUCCGAAGUAAAAUUAGAAUCCAGCUGAGGAAACCAAAACAAAAGGCAAACACAAGCAGAAAGAAAUAUGAUACCACCAAAUUACAGCAGCCAGAGAAAAGAAGAGCUUUCUCAUGA